UCAGCGUCGGCGGAGACCGAGUGAUAACAGAACAGUAAUAAUAUCAACACGCACCUUAUCAGUCGAAUUAUAGUUCAAAAUCCUCGGUAACAGCCACCGCUGUCCCGCGAACGACGACGACAUGCCAACCAAAUAUUACUCCGUUUACAGUCACCGGUACAUGAUCAGCAGGAAUUUUACAAGAAAAAAUAAGAGAAAGGACACUUUGGGACUGUUGCCGGUUGUACGUGACUUGAGAAACGGGGCCGGCGAUAGCGUAAGUGAUCAUGGUAACAACAGAACGAGAAAGGACGAUUCGCUCUGCGACAUCCUGUCGAGUCCGUCAUUCCGAUUCGUGAUCUGCUUGAUCAUCGUAAUGGUUGUUUUACUAUACAAGUCGGUUUACAUGGAUUAUUUCCACUUGAAGAAUGAAAAAUCUUCCAUAUCGAUCACUAAGACUUCAUGGAACUCUACCAAAACGUCACACGGAUACGAUGACGGAAAACCAACAAUUGAAGUAAUCGAGAUCCUACCAAAUUGUGGAUUACAAACCAUUUGCUCGGACAAUGCUUUUCCAAUUCAUAUAUAUACAGGAAAAAAUAAAACCGACUUUCCGAGGUUGUGUAUCAUGGGCAAAUACGUUAUGUCAUUUAACCGAACUGCAGGUGGUCGUGGAAUCAACGUAGCCGUGAUAGAGUCAACUACAUAUACCAUCAUGGAUGUUAAAAACUUUGAUACGUAUGAGUAUAAUAGCUCAAAUUUAGAUGAAUGGCUUGAUCACAUGGUUAAAGUGGGGGAUGUAGUAAUAUUUUUCACAUUCGACGAGGCGUCUAAAAAGUUAACAAAAAACACAAGAAAUGUCUUAUACAAUAUGGGGAGUGGGAAAAUUCAAGACUUAUGGUACAGAUGUCAAUGGUUUAUGGUGACACAAAAAGGAAUUCAAGGCAUCACGCCGUAUGAAAAAAUCACAUACUCGCAUAAGAACAAUUGGGCAAAUGUAUUAGAUGAAAAAUUAUGUGUUCCAUUUCAAAUAACAGGAAAUCCAAUUGUUUCUGACGAUUUAUCCAAUGAUCAACUGUCGUUUUGCAACGCCACGUUUGAUGAGUAUACCGAGUACUGCAAUGAAAGUAAUGAACAUACCGGAAGCCAUAAUUACGGUUACACGAGAAGUGAGUCCCGAGAAAGUCGCUGAACAACGCCUAGUCGAUUGCAGCUCGACCGAACGGAAUAAACGGGGUAAUCGCCACCGGGUUGUUUUAAUAUAAUAUUAUACCCGAUAGAAGUUAUCGACACCAGUAGCGGUUCCAGAGGUUGUUCAAGGGGGGGGGGGGAGUGGAUUUUCGAAAAAUAUUUACAUGAUACAUCGUCUGUAAUGAUCCUCAUAAUGUUAGCAGCAAAACCAUACAACAGAUACUUUUGAAAUACAUCCAGCAAACUUAUUGGACUUUGUUCGACUUUAUUUUUACCGUUUGAGCUUUAGAAACUUUUGUGUUUCCAACUAUACACCAACACCACAACUAUAAUGGUUGGGCCGAUAGCUUUGUGAGGGUUUGUAUCAUGCGAAAUUCUAUCGACUGCAAACACGACUGUAUAAUAUAUAAUAUAUAUAUAUAUAUUUAGCGUUAGAGCUUAUACGUUUUAAGAAUAUAUUGUAAC